UUUGAUUCGAAGGGGAAAAUAAAAUGGCGGGCUGAAACUGGACUUUCAUUUAAAUCCAAGCUCUCUCUCACUUCACUUUCUCCAAUCUUUUUAUCUCCUUCUGGCCUCUCCCUCCCCCACCGCAGCCAAGCAUUCGUACAUGCAAGUCCUCAGUAAACAGCUUUACGGACGAAAAUGGAGUCUUUGAGACUGAUCUGCGACAGAGAGAUCCCCGUUGCACUGCAGAAAGCGGACUCUUUUGCGGCCUCUUUUGCUUAUUCUCUCGAUUCGACCGCCGCCAGAGUAGAGGACACCCUCCAAGAUCAAGGGAAAUUAGGGAAGAUUAAAUCUAGCUUGCGGGAUGCUGAGGAUGACUUUGUUAAAGUGCUAGCAGUGAAGACUCGUAAGGAGGCUAAGCAGUUGGCAAUAAGGGACUCCAUUUCUGCUACAAGAACUAGAAUAGAAGAACUUAAAAAAACUGUACUAGUUCAGAGGGCUAGGAGGGAUGAGUAUGCAGCAAUUAUGUCCCAACGACCUCUUGGAAAGGCAAACCAUGACAUUGAACACAAAGGGGAAAUUCUAGAGGCAAUAUUAUGGUAUAAUAGGGUUCUUGGUUUCCAAAUUGAAGGUGGAAGAGGGGUGAAAUUCACAUUCAACUACAUCAACUUGAGCAAUCCGUGUGAGGAGUACACUUUUACCAUUUGCCAUGAAGAUGAUACAUAUUCUUUGUUGGCUUGUAAUCCCCACUUGAAUGACACUAAAGAGUUGGUCCACGAGUUGAAUAGAACCAAUGGCUUAUUCAAAUUUGUUAGAACAAUGAGAGAGAAGUUUCAAGAAGCUGCAUCGAUUGUAGGAACUUCAAUACAAUCUUCAAGUCUUCAUCAAGAGUCUACGACAGUAUCUGUGUCUGCUCCCGUUAUGUCAGUUUCAGCUGACAGAAGUGACUCUCCCAUGAAGGAAAAUGAGUAUCCACAUCAAGUAAACGGACAGUCAAAGAAAGUUAAUCUUGGAAGAGGGGAUAAACUAUCGAUUCUGUCCCCUGCAUCAGUUCGCCGGUCCCCUCGUUUUGUUAAGCGCAAGGAAUGAAGAUGAAGCGUGGCUGGUAGUUGUCUCAUCGAUUUUGGCUUGUAUUGUUUGUGUUUGACUUGCUUAACUAGUCAUCGUUUCUGACUCAUUUGCUUGACACUAAACGUGUGUUGCAUGAGCCUGAUCUAUAUGAGAAAGUUUAGUUAAAGGAGACCGGUGGAGCUCUGCUACUCAUCCAUUGCCCUCCAUAAAGCAUAACAAUCUCAGCUGGGUACCGGUGGGGGUAUAUUUAUAUUGUUAUCCUGUAAUGAAAUGAAUUGAUGACACAUGGAAUGUAAAGAAUUGAUCAUAAUAAUUUUAGAUUCUGCAACUCUAGAUGCUAAAAUUUCCCUUGUGCUGAUCUGAUGUAUUGAUUUCAAUUUUUUUCUAUAAUGAUCUAUCUGUUAAAUAUCAUUUGGGGCC